UUGUGAUAAACUUAUUAAAUAGACUUGUGAUGUCGGACGCUGGCUUCUUCCGAGGCACUAACUCGGACCAGGACAGUCGAUUUGCCAAUAAGAACUCCAAACUGAAGAACCAGCUCAAGUUUGACAAGAUACUCGAUCAGAAGGUCGAUAUGUCCAAAGUGAACGUGGACGUGUUGAAGCCCUGGAUCACAACCAGGUGUAAGGAGAUCGUGGGAUUCGACGAUGAUGUUCUGGAUGAGUUUGUUUUCAAUCUGUUGGAAUCAGAAAAGGUGGACCCGAAAGAGUGCCAGAUAAACCUGACCGGGUUCUUCGGAGGGAGGAAUGCGGCUGUGUUCAUGGCGGAGUUGUGGGGUCUAAUGAUCUCGGCCCAGCAGAGUGAGAGUGGAAUCCCAAAGCAGUUCAUAGAUGCGAAGAAGGCCCAGAUUGAAAAUAGGGAGAAGGAAAAGGAGGAGACUAGGGCGAGGGAGAGCAAGAGACAGGACGAACAGCGCCACCGUCGUCCCAACAGAGACCGAACAUCGCCAGUCACUUCAACCAGUGCAGACCACAGCACUAAAAGGGAGGAAGUGCCAGAGGCUGUGGCAGAAGAGGCGGAGAAGAUCAGAAGGGCAAUUGAGGGCAACAACAGAGCUUCUUCAGGCACCAGAGGCACUAGCAGGAGUCGCAGCAGAAGUAAAGAGCGGCGUGACAAGCAGAAGUCUCCUCUGUCGAAGUCCAGAUCUCAUUCUAAGAAGAAAGCGAGGCAAGGAAACAGUGUGGAAAAAGAGGAUAUCAAGACUACCACAUCUAGUCGGAAGGGAAGAGAGUACAGGAAGAGAUCUUCCAGUGGGUCUUCGUCCUCAGAAAGUGAGCGAGAAAAGUCCAGAUCGCCGACACCUUCGAAGCGCAAUCGUCGGAACUCGCGAAGUCGAUCUCCUCCAGCUCGCAAGCGAAGAAGUCCGAGUCGCUCUCGUAGUCCUCCGACGCGGCGAAGACGAGAAGAUAGUCGUGACCGCCCGAGCGACAAUCGCCGAGGAGCGUACCGACGUUCGCCAUCACCACGAGAACGCAGAGGCGGCGGCAGUCGUCGAAGUCCCGAAGAGAAUCCCAGGUCAAGGCGAUCGCCGCCGAGACGUGAUGGUCGCCGAGAUGAUGUUUCGCCCCCACCGAGAAGGAAUCAUUCACCACCCGAACGACGUGAGAGGCGGCGGAGUGAAUCAAGGAGUCCGCGUCGAGGUAAAGAAGUAAAAUCUAAAUGGAGCGAUCCGGUCAGACACGAUAGCCGUCGGAGGAGCAGAUCUAAGUCACGAGACGACAGUCGACGCAAACCACCCACGAGAAACGAUUCGCCAGUGCAAUCCACCAGACAACCUCAGUCGACAACUUCUAAAGACAAUCGUGAACGUCAGAAGAAAAAACGAGACAAAGAUUCGGAAUCCGAAACGUCGCCAAUUAAUGAACGAAUGAGGAGAGAGAUAGCGGAAAAGAAACAGCAGAAGCCGAAAGAGAAACCUAGAGAAGGGAGCUCGGACAGCUCUGAAGGAUCUUCGUCGAACGAGGAUGGAAAGAAACGAAAAAAUAAUGUCAAGAAGAAUGAAAAAGUUCCACCGAGAAAUAAACCUAAAAAGCAACGAGACUCUAGUAGUGACAAUAAUUCAGAAACGGAGAAAGAGAAAGAAGCUGUGAUAAAUUCAAGAAAGCGGGACUCUGAGAAACAACUGAGAGGUCGACAGAGUCCAGAGAAACGAGAGGAGAAAAGGAGUAAGAAGAAGUCUGACGAUGAGUCGCGAGCUUUGGAGGCGAAAAAGGCGGAGCUGAUGCGUCAGAUUAGAAAAGAAGAAAUCGGAAGCAGUCAAGAAAGUCUCGCAAUAAUCCAAGCAAAGGAUUCCGCUUCAGACGAAGAACCACCACCGGUUGUUACAGAAGAAGGAGACAAAUUUAAGAGACCUGCUGAACAAGCCAAACCAGAUCCGAGGCCAGAGCAACGUAGAAGACUUCAAGAUUCAACUUCAGAUACUGAACGAGGCCAAACAGAGCUGAAAAGAAGACCAUCCACAAGCGAUCAUAGCAGAAGUAAUCGACAAUCAAAAGAGUCAUCAUCGAGAGAUCGAAACAGCGGAAGAUCGAGAGGCGAAGAUUCAAUUUCUCCAGAUAAGAAGUAUGUGAAAGAUAUGAAAACGAUUAAAAGAACAGUUGAAAGAAGUCCAUCUGAAAGCCGAGAGGAAUUACGAGCAGGGAAAGCAGAAGGUAAUGAAGAUUCAAGCGAUGAUGAGAAGCGAGUCGAAAUUAAAGUCAAGUCAAGGGAGUCACCGAAAAGCUCUCUACCGAAAAAAGUUGACCAUAAAGGUCGACCAAUGGCUGUUGUGGCACCGGUUCAGCAAAAACGAGAGUCUUCCGAAAGUGCUAGUCCGCCUCCGAGACGCGACAACCGGCGACCUGUUGUUGAACCCGAGAGACGAAUUGAAGUUGCAGAGGAGCGAACCCGAGUUGACGAACGUCGACGACGUCGUGAGACUUCUAACGAAGACCGCGUUGAAGGUGUUCCGAGGCGAGCCGAGAGGACCCGGGACGAGGAGCGUCGUCGAGUGCCCGAAGCGGAGUCGAGUUCGAGUCGCCAACGAAGUGAUCGAGGUGAAUAUUCGCGCGAUGAUUCUUCGCGAAGACCGAAUUCGGAACGACAGGAGAGACCUAGAAGUGAGAGAAGUCCAGAUCGAUCUCAAGAGUCUUUAAGAAGAUAUAGACGGGAAAGUUCCAAUCACUCUGCGGAAAAUCGAAGACCAAGAAGGGAUGAAAAUAUUGAUCGUCGAGACGAAAGACGUGAGAGAAGGAGCGAAAGCGCGGAUUCGUCUGUAGAACGCAAUGAAUCGAGGCGUAAGCGUGAACUUGAAAAAGCACGUCACGAAGAACGUGAGAGAAUUCGUAAAAACGAAGCAGAAGAAAGAGAACGUGCUUCAAAUAAGGGUAGACGUCAUGGAAGAGAUGAUUCCGCAUCUCACUCAGAAACAGACGAGCCCCGUGAAUCAAGGGACGGUCGUCGGCGAAGACCCCGGACUCCUGAAAGCGAAGUAAGGUCAUCCAGGGAUCCAAAGAGAAUCAGAGAAGACGUCGAAAGGGUUCCACAGAAAUCGGGUCGUCGUGGUUCAGACAGCGAAGAUGAUCGAAUUGAGAAACGAAACCGCCAAAUUAUUGACAGGAAUUCUCGAGAGCUACCAAGACACGGGUCGUCGACAAUGUCGAAAGAAAGCCGAAAAGUGAAACGAGAAAGUCCAGAAGCGCCAAAAAGAACUGAAAGACGAAAACCUUCCGAGUCUGCUAGCGGUUCAGAGGAUUCAGACGAAAAUGCUGAAAAAAUGCCUCCCAAAAGAAUCGAGAGAAAAAAAUCGCCAAAACGCAAUAAAUCUCCGUCACCUGCUAAAAAACCGAUCAAAGGCGAAGUUAAAUGUAGAAAAGGCUCAAAAUCUCCCAUUCUUGAAAAGAAAAAAGCUAAUAGAAGAUCUCCAAGCGAUGAAUCUUCAUCUGAAAGCGACUCUGAAAGUGAGAAAAAACCGGAAAAGAAACGGGAUGGAAGACCAGCGUCUCCGGUGAAAAAGUCUCGUAAACAGGAAAUAGUUUCAAAAAAACAAGGAAAAGCAAAAGUUCCUCAGAAGAAAUCCGAAUCAGACGACUCUUCAAGUUCGUCAUCAGAACAAGAAAUAGAAUCUUUGCGACAUAAAGCUUUGAAGACAAUCCACAGUUGAUUUUGUGCAAUUCGACCUCUAAAAGAAAAAAAUCGCAACAAAGCUUCAGAAAGAAGAAACAGAUUAUUCUAAUCAAGCUUCAAUUUAUGAACUGUCUAAAUAAUAGCAAUAAUCUGCAUCAUGAACUGCUUUUAAUGAAAUUGGUUUUGAUUUUAUGUUCGCUGAAGCUUCUGUUUGGAAUAGUUUGAUACAUCUGGAGCUUCAAAGUUGCAUUCAAGUGUUGCUGAUUUAUAAUUUAUCUCGCGCUAUUAUAUUGUUGAAUUUAUGUGUUGUGUUAGCA